CAUCAGCCCGCGUUUGUGUCUCAUGGUGUAUCUGCAAAACUGUCGAUACGCUGCCGGACGAUAUUCAGCAUGGACUCGAAGCCCGCCAAACUCACCACCACGGACGACGAUGUCAGCGUCAACAACGCCCUCGUACUGCUGCAUGCCGGCGCCGAGGAGGACAUUGACGAGGGCGCCCGCCGCAGGCUGGUCAGCAAGCUCGACUGGCGCCUCAUGCCCAUAUUGUGCAUAACAUAUGCGUUGCAGUCUAUCGAUCGGACGACGCUGAGCUAUGCAGCCGUUUUCGGAGUGCGAGAAGAUCUACACCUGACCAGCACCGAGUUCUCAUGGGCUGGAGCACUGUUGUACAUUGGCUACCUCUUCUGGGAGUUUCCAACCAACGUCCUCCUCCAAAAGCUCCCCAUCAACCACUUCAUGGCCGCCACUGUCAUCAUCUGGGGCGCCGUGCUCAUGUGCCACGGAGCCGCAAUCAACUUUGCCGGCCUGGCUGCGGCUCGCACCUUCUUGGGUGCAUUUGAGGCCUCGAUCAACCCGGGCACCAUGCUUCUCUUCUCCAUGUAUUAUGAACGCAAGGAGCAACCGCUGCGAAUGGGCAUCUGGGUUGGCUCCGCGGGCGUCGGUUACAUCGUGGCAGGGAUCGUGUCGUUUGGCAUCGGCCACGUUCAAGGCAGCAUGGCAAGCUGGCGCAUCUUGUUCUUGUUCUGGGGCGCAGUCACGGUCGCCUGGGGUGUUGUUGUGGUUCUGUUCCUGCCUGGCUCCCCCUUGACCACCAAGUUCCUCUCGGACCAAGAGCGGAUCAUGGUGGUCAGCCGGGCAAAGACGAACGGGACGGGCAUUGACAACAAGCGCUUCAAGUGGAAGCAAUUUGGCGAGGCCAUGAUGGAUCUCAAGACAUGGCUGCUCUUUGUGUUCGCGGUCUCCAGCAACACGCCGAACGGCGGCUUGACAGUUUUCCAAGGUCUCAUCAUUCAAGGCAUGGGCUUCAGUAAGCUGCAGACUACGCUCAUCCAAAUGCCCUCCGGGGCUGUACAGCUUGUUGCGUGUGUAACGGCCUGCUACUGCGCGUCACGUUUUGCCCACGCGCGGCUGAUCAUCAUGAUCCUGUGCCUGAUGCCGUUCCUCGCUGGAAUCCUUGGGCUUUGGCUCAUUGAUUCGGCCCAUCCCUACGGCCGCCUCGCCUGCCUGUGGAUCUCGUUCGCCUACACUGCUACGUGGACACUGUCCAUGUCCGUCGCGACAGCCAACACGGCUGGCCACACCAAGAAGAUCACGACGAAUGCGAUGCUGCUCAUCGGAUACUGCCUGGGCAACUUUGUCGGCCCCUUCUUCUUCCGUGCCGAGCAGGCGCCACGGUACCCCUUGGGCGUAGGUAUGAUGCUCGUGUGUGUGGGCCUUCAGAUCUUGUGCCUUCUGGGGCUACUGUUCCUGCUUUGGUCUCGCAACAAAUCACGCAAGGAAUUCCAUGUGCCCACGGCGGAGAAUGAUCAUCAAGUGUAUGAGCGUGGACUCUCGGAUGAGACCGAUCUGGAGAACAAGUACUUCAAGGUUAGUGCACUUCUGCAGCAUGCACAAAGUCUAUCCAUGCAGCGCUCUACAUACUACCGUCCCUCUCCACUGCGGAGGUGCUAACCCAACCGUGCACCUAGUAUGUCUACUAAAGUUGGAUUCGUGCGGGAAUGCCACGGGCGCAACUUUGACACGACAUCUCAACCGCCUAGGAAUUAGAAAUUUGCCGACUUGCCGAAAUACCGCUGCCAGAAUUCGUUUGAUACGCGUUUUACAUAUUCAUGGCUUAGCGUUAUCAGUCUAUGGAGUACAGCACCAAUAGAAUCCAAGAUAGAUUCCAUAAAUAAUAGCUG